GCCCAAUGAAUGGGCCCAAGAAGAGUUGUAUUUGAAAUCUAGGGUUUCAUAAAAGCAGAGGUACACUCUCCCUACCGCAACCGGAGCUCAUUCACCAGCAGUCAUGGGUAUUUCUCGCGAUUCUAUGCACAAGCGGCGUGCCACUGGAGGCAAGAAGAAGGCAUGGAGGAAGAAGCGAAAGUAUGAGCUUGGAAGACAGCCAGCAAACACUAAGUUGUCCAGCAACAAGACAGUUCGCAGGGUCAGGGUUCGCGGAGGCAAUGUGAAGUGGCGCGCGUUGAGGCUUGAUACUGGAAACUACUCUUGGGGAAGUGAAGCUGUGACCCGAAAGACGCGUAUUCUGGAUGUUGUUUAUAAUGCAUCCAACAAUGAGCUGGUCCGAACCCAGACUUUGGUGAAGGGUGCUAUUGUUCAGGUGGAUGCUGCACCCUUCAAGCAGUGGUAUCUUCAGCAUUAUGGUGUUGAAAUUGGUCGCAAGAAGAAGACUGCCUCAAAGAAGGAAGGAGAGGAGACUGAGACUGCUGUGACUGAAGAGACCAAGAAGAGUAAACAUGUCCUGAGAAAACUAGAAAAACGCCAAGAGGACCGUAAAAUUGACCAACAUAUUGAGGAACAAUUUGGCGGUGGCCGUCUGUUAGCUGCGAUCGCCUCUCGUCCAGGACAAUGUGGGCGAUGUGAUGGUUAUAUUUUGGAGGGCAAGGAAUUAGAAUUUUACAUGAAGAAACUGCAGAAGAAGAAGGGAAAAGGUGCAAGCACCGCAUAAGUUAUGUCAUGAUAAACUAAAAUUUUGCAGUCCAGAAUUAUCUUAUGUUUUCACCUUUUGUACUGAACAAAAUUGUCAAGACAUUACUCUCUGAGCCAUACUAUUAAGUUAGUUGUCAAGACAUUAUGUCUUAACUUUUUCUUUCUGAUA